AUGAACGUCUUCAACGAACAGCGCGGCCAAAUCGCCCUCUACGCCACCCCGGGCUCCAAAGACGCCGCCACAGUAGCUAUCGUCCUCGAAGAACUCCGCCUCCCCCAUUCCCUCCACCUCAUCUCCUCCCCCUCCGAAAUCCAAGACCCCAACAUCCCCGCAUCCCCCACCCUCCCCCUAAUCACCAACAUCUCCCGCCACGGCACCCACCACGUCUUCUCCGGCUUCGCCGAGAUCACAACCUACCUGCUCUCCUCGCACGACCAGCACAAACACAUCUCCUACGCACAGGGUUCCAAGGAGGCGGAGGAAGUCGUGCGCUGGAUUUCCGUCCUCUCCACGACUGUUGCCGACAAUCAUAACCACCACGACGGAAAGAACAAGGGGCCCGAGGGAGACGAGGAGGUGCCGUUUGCGCGCAAGGCGCUGGGACUGUAUCUGAGGCUGGAGCAGCAGCUUUCGACGGCUCGGACGAGGUUUUUGGUGGGGAGUAAAUGCACCCUCGCCGACCUAGCAGCCUUCCCGUACGUCGCAGCGGCGGGCUCAGUCGGGCUCGACCUGGAGCGGUUCCCGGAGCUGACGUCGUGGUUUGAUCGUGUUGCGGCGCUGGGGUCUGUUGCGAAGGGGAUGGCUGCUGUUAAGCUGUCUGUUUAG